AUGGAUAAAUGGCAAAGACUAGCUGACAUUGAAGAAGAUUGUUUGAAGCAAAGAUCAAAAGUUCAUUGGCUGGAUGUGGGAGAUGGAAACAAUAAGUUCUUUCACAGCUCAGCAAAGAUAAGGGAAGUAAGAAAUGCCAUUCAUGAAAUCCUCCGAGCAAAUGGGUCUAUAGCUAUAUCAGAUGAAGAGAUCAAAAUUGAAGCGGAGAGUUUCUUUGCUGAUUUUAUGACAAAGAAGCCAAUGGAUUUUGAAGGUGCUACGGUUGAUACUUUAAAAAAAUUGUUGAACUUCCAGUGUAGUGAAGUUGAUUCAAUCAAGCUGGAGAGAGAGGUUUCUAAGGAUGAGAUAAAAGAUGUUAUUUUUCACAUGCCUGGAUAUAAGUCAUCAGGGCCAGAUGGUUUUACAACGGAAUUCUUCAAAGAAGCAUGGCCUGUGAUUGGAGAAGAUGUAACUAAAGUGAUUCAGUCUUUCUUUGCAAAAGGAUUCUUACCCAAAGGUCUCAACUCCACGAUUUUGGCACUCAUACCCAAGAAAGUUGAAGCAAAAAUGAUGAAAGACUACAGGCCUAUCUCCUGUUGCAAUGUUCUCUACAAAAUUGACAUCUCAAAGGCUUUUGACUCAGUCCAAUGGCCAUUUUUGAUCAACACACUCAAAGCUUUGGGUCUUCCUGAACAGUUUAUCAACUGGAUUACUCUCUGCAUUACUUCAGCCUCUUUUUCAGUACAAGUUAAUGGGGAGCUGGCAGGGUAUUUUCAGAGCAGUAGAGGGCUAAGGCAAAGAUGUUCGCUGUCACCUUACUUGUUUGUGAUCUGCAUGAAUGUUUUGUCACAGAUGCUUGAUGAAGCAGCGAAGCAGGAGAAAAUAGGGUAUCACCCGAAGUGCAGAAAUAUUAAUCUUACCCAUCUAUGCUUCGCAGAUGACUUGAUGAUCUUUGCAGAUGGCACAAGAAAUUCGAUAGAAGGAAUCCUUACAGUGUUUGAGGAGUUUGAUAAGAUGAGUGGGCUGAAGAUAAGUAGGGAGAAAUCUGUGUUGUUUAUGGCAGGAACAGAUCAGAGAGGGGAGGAUAUCUUAAGGCAAUUCAACUUCGCCACUGGGAAAUUGCCACUUAUUUGGAGGAUACUUUCUGCUCACUCUCUGUGGGUGAACUGGAUAAAGAUCUAUCUAAUCAGAAAAGGCUCGAUAUGGAUGAUCAAAGACAACACUCAAAGUGGCUCUUGGAUGUGGAGAAAAAUACUCAAGAAUAUAGAGAAGGCAAAGAAAUUCUAUGGAGUUGAAGUGCAUGAUGGCAAGACAACAUCCUUCUGGUAUGAGGCGUGGAGCACGAUGGGGUGUUUGAAAGAUAUAGUAAGAGAAGGAAGCGUUAUUGAUAUGGACAUUCCAGUGAAUGCCACAUUGGAAGAAAGUAUGAAUCAUAGAAGAAGGAGGCAUCGAGUACCAAUACUAAACAGGAUUGAGCUGGAGAUAGAUAAGUUCAAAGAGAACUGGACUAGGGAGGAAGACGUCUCGAUGUGGAAAAAUGAAAAAGGCAAGUUUAAAAAUAAGUUCUCAACUAAAGAAACUUGGCUUAGCAUUAGAGAGAAGCAUAUCCCAUGUGACUGGUAUAAGGCGGUCAGGUUUAAACACGCGACACCAAGAUUUGCAUUCAUCACUUGGGUUGCUAUGCAUGGGAGAUUAGCAACAGGAGAUAGAAUGAAGAGUUGGAAUAUAACAGUAGAUGCGUCGUGUGUCCUAUGCCAAGAGCCUUUGGAGAGUACAACACAUUUGUUUUUUGAAUGUGCAUAUUCAGCACAAGUAUGGAAAGCGUUGAUGAAGGGUAUUCUCCAAGAUCAAUACUCGGUAAACUGGGAGAAUCUCAUUAGGCUGGUAACUGGGAGACAGAGUUGGGAUAAAACCAAGAUAUUUACAGUGAGAUAUGCCAUUCAGCUAGUGAUCUAUUCUAUUUGGAGAGAACGAAACAGAAGGAGGCAUGGUGAGCUCGCGGUACCGGCAUCAGUUCUGUCUCAGAGAUUGGAUAAAGCAAUGAGAAACCAGUUCUAUGUAAUUCGCAGAAGAGGAGAUGUUUCUUAUGAAGAUGGAAUGACUAAGUGGUUUGAAACAAGAUGA